AUGAUCCGCCCAUCACCUGGUACGCCCCGUUCACACGAUACUCGACCUUAUCACCUGGCCAUAGAGGGAGGCGGGCCGCACUGCUAUCCUUGUGGGUAUGUUCAGUACAGCGCGGGGGACGGGGGCGGGGCGUGCGGGACGCUUGUCUCCACCCUCCCCCCGCCCAUCGACCUGUACCGCCCCGCCCGCCGACCAAUCAGAGCCCAGCCUCUGGACAGCACCUUGUCCAACAAAGUGGAGUACUACGUGAAGUGGAAGGGAUGGAAACCGAAACACAACACGUGGGAACCAGAGGAGAACAUCCUGGACCCGAGACUGAUACAGAGCUUCGAGAGGGGGGAGGAGAUGAGGAAGGCGGGGAGGAGGAGGGAGAGGGAACAGUCGCCGGGGGAGACGCGGCCGAGGAGCGGCUCCGAGGAGAGGGGCGCGGGGGGCAAGAGGAAGGCCGAGGUGCUGAGCAGGGAGUCCGGGAAGAUAGGGGUCACCAUCACUAUGAGCCCGCCCGCCAAGAGACACGACGCUGGGAAGACGAGCGGCGCCCGGACACAUAUACAGCCCGCCGCGACGCACGGGGGAGCGCCCGCACCCGCCUCACCCGCUGUAGAGGCGGCCGCGCCACGGACGGGGCCGAGGAGGACGCCGCACUCACCCGAGGAGGCCGACCAACACACGCCCGACGACACGCGGAGCGACACGCAGCCCGCCGGGCCGGACGAGCCGAAAGGAGCGCGCCCGCCACCACAACAACACCAACACGAACAGGUCGACGACCCCUGGCUCAAGGAACACGUCGCGCCCCCGCCGCCGCCCCGCCGCGGCGCCGCCUACUGGAUGGCGCGCUCACCCGUCGCUGACCAGAUCUUCAUCACGGACGUCACCGUCAACCUGCAGACCGUCACCAUCAGGGAGUGCCGCACCGAGAAGGGGUUCUUCAAGACGAGGGAGCAUCGACCUCUGGACAUUACGUAG